GGUGUCCCGGACCCGGAAGUGGAGUUGCCGAGUCACCGCAGUGGCUGAGCUGCUGACAGGAGGCGGCGGCGGAGUAGGAGGCGAGGCUAGACCUGCGGCUCGGCCCGGCCACAGCCGCUGUAGCGCUAGGCGAGCCCAAGGCGCCACGCCGGCCUCAGCGAGCCUGUGAACCUCUUGCCCCCGCCCACCCCUGCAUUGGCCCGGCUGCCCGCCCGCCCGACUGGUCCAGGGCGGCCUAGUCUGCACCACCCGCCGGGCUCCUGGGGCCGCCGCCCCGCGCGGUCCUGUCGGCGUCCCCGGUCGCGCCCGGCCCCUGGCCCGCUCGCCCGCCGGCACCAUGAUGGAGGAGAUCGACCGGUUCCAGGUGCCCACCGCGCACUCGGAGAUGCAGCCGCUGGACCCAGCCGCCGCCUCUAUCUCAGACGGAGACUGUGACGCCCGGGAGGGUGAGUCAGUAGCCAUGAAUUACAAACCAUCCCCGCUCCAAGUGAAGCUGGAGAAGCAGCGGGAGCUGGCCAGGAAGGGCUCCCUGAAGAAUGGCAGUAUGGGUAGCCCCGUCAACCAGCAACCCAAGAAGAAUAAUGUCAUGGCCCGGACGAGGCUGGUCGUCCCCAAUAAAGGCUACUCCUCGCUUGACCAGAGCCCAGAUGAGAAGCCACUGGUAGCUCUUGACACAGACAGCGAUGAUGACUUUGACAUGUCCAGAUACUCCUCAUCUGGCUACUCCUCUGCUGAGAUCAACCAAGAUUUGAACAUCCAGCUGCUGAAGGAUGGCUACCGGUUAGACGAGAUCCCCGACGACGAGGACCUAGACCUCAUCCCCCCCAAGUCCGUGAACCCGACCUGCAUGUGCUGCCAGGCCACGUCCUCCACCGCCUGCCACAUUCAGUAGCAGGCGGGGCCGCCGCGGCCGCUGUGCGGGGAUGACACGGGCCAGGCUGGACGGGGCAGAGGCUGACCCCUCCCCAGCUUGUCCGCCUGCCCCCGGCCCCCGAGACCCUUACAGCCGCCAACCUCGUAACAGUCAUUGCUUCCUCCUAUGGUAGGACGUGUACCUCUGUGUGUUCAUGGAGCCGGAGAAACCAAAACCGGGUCUCUCUCCACCUGAGGGCUGAGGAGGGGUGGGGGCUGUUUGUCCAGUUACUUGGGGACCUAACCCAGCACCUUGCCCCGCUCCUCAAGGCUGUAGUCUGAUGGCGGGCUGGGGGUGGGGAAGAGGACUGGACGGCAGGGAGACCAACAUAAUGCGUGGGGUGAGGGAUCACAAAGCCAGGGGCUUGGCCCUACCCCAGCGAAGCCAUGAACCACCAAAGCCCAGCCUAACCAAGAAAGGGGCUCGGAGGGAGAAAGGCCCAGGGCAGUGGGGGCAGGUCCCGGCACCUCACAGCCCCCUCCACAUGCCCCCUGCCGGCCCAUGUACCUUUCUGCAUUUUUUCCCUCAUCGGAUGGGAAGCCUGUCAAAGCUGUCCAACCGGAUAUGGCCCCUCACCCAUCGAAUCACUGCCUUCUUCCUCCUCUUUGCCCCAUCCACCCCCUUCCUUGCUCCCUGGGAGUGGGGCAAGGUAAGGUGGGCCUUAGAGACAGGCCAGAGUUUGGGGUGGUAUGAUCUGUCCUCAUGGCUCCCAACCAAUGCAUCUAUCCGGCUGCUGCCCCUUCCCCACCCCC